GAAUGGAAAAGAAACGACACUGCAUUUUCCGGGAAAAUUUUCUUCCGCUUGUGCUCGAGGCUUCGUAGUUCUCUUCUCAGCAUAGAAAACUGAGCUCUUCGGAUCCUUUUCAAUGGCGAGAGUAGAAGGAUUCGUCGAAGCUGAUAAUGCAGAGGCCAUAAUCACUAGAAUCGAACACAAAUCGCGAAAGAUCGAAAGCCUACUGAAACAGUAUAAGCCGGUUGAAGCCCUUAAGACGGCCCUGGAAGGUUCUCCUCCCAUGACCAGAGACGAGCGAUGCAAGUCGGCGAAUUGGAUAGUGGUGCAUAGAGCCUUGAUGGCUAUAAAAGAUGUAGAAGGGAUGUUCGCUUCUCUGGAUCCUGAGUACUACGACAUUCUUAUGAAGUACCUGUACAGAGGCUUGUCAACUGGAGAUCGCCCUACUUGUGAGCAGUGCCUUAGGAUUCAUGAGAAGCUGACGGAGAGAGCUGGUUUGGGAUGUAUACUCCGUUGCCUUGCUGACACUGUGAAUACUGUCUGAUCUAAUUAUUCCAUGCCCCAAAAAAAUAUGUACUCUAAUUUUCAAUUUGUAAUUUUGUUUGAAAUCUCUUAAUGUAGGAUUGGCAUGCAAAUUAAACUUGAUAACUAAAAUUGGAAGAAGUGUCAUUAGUCCUUUUAUAUUGUUGUUCUUAAGCCUCCGAUUGCUUCAGAGGGUUCACGAGUGUGAGCACUCCGCCUAUUAUUGUAUCAUAGUCAUGUUGGUUGUUAGCCUCAAGCAAAUGUAUUGUUUUCACCAUGCAAUAGGAAAUCAAAGAAGACUACUAUUUUUUCUUAUUGGAAACGAUUUCACAUUUAAGUUCUACUAUUAGUUCAAAACACGUCACCUUGUUCCUUUGCCAUUUUACAGAUGUUAAAGGUUGAAGGAGAACAAACAUGGAGUUGGGUGAAGGAAGUGAAGGUUCUAAUGCCGAGGUACAUAUUUAUUUAAAAUUUAGGAUUGAGACCCCAUAAUUUCAUUGAAUUGGCUUAUUAACCAGCUUUAAAGUUGGACAAAAGAAAACCACCUUAACUUGGGCACCGUUUGGUAUUAAUAUAGUCUUUGAUUUUAG